CGAGCAGACGAACCCAAACCCAUGUCCUGGCCCGGGGAGACGCUGGCCAAGGGGCUUUUCCACCGCGCGCCGCCUCCAGAUCGAGCGCGCUAGGGUUUGCUCCGCCGCCCCGCCGCCACCGCAGCCGCCGAUGGCCCAGCGCUGGCGCUCGAGGGCGCGGCGGGACCCGGACGUGGACGACGACGACGUCGGCGGCUCCUCCCCGCCCUCCCGGCGCCCGCGCCGGGGCGGCAGCGGCGACGAGGAGGAGGAGGAGGACGACGACGUGGGUAACGAGGACCUCAGCCUGGAGAUCGUCGCGCGCGCGCGGCGGAGGCGGCGGAAGCGGCACGGGGCUUCCGGCGGCGGGACCCCCGGGCUUGCCGACCUGCUGCAGGUGUCCUCCGGCGACGAGGAGGCCGGCGAGGACGCCGUGGUGGAGCUCGGCGAGGCGGAGGAGCCCCGGAGGAAGCAGAGGAAGAAGCAGCGGAAGAGGCAGAGGAAGAAGCACCGGAAGGAGGCGGCCGAGGCUGCAGCGGCGGCCGCCACUUCCGCCCCCGGCGAGGAGCAGAAGGAGGUUGGUGGCACUCAGCAGGGACCAAUUGGGAUAGCAGAAUCGGUGCUAACUGAAGAUGGGGCUGAUGUCCCUGCAUCUGACAAUAUGGUUCUGCGGAAGCUCCUUCGCAUACCGAGAUACUUCGAUCCUGGGGAAACAUUGUUGGAGACUUGCUAUAAUUGUAGCGAGGAAGGACAUGUGGCCGCAAACUGCCCAAUGGAAAAGCGGAAGAAACCUUGCUUUGUUUGUGGGUUGUUUGGGCACAAUGCAAAGCAGUGCACGCAGGGUCAAGAUUGUUUCAUCUGCAAAAAAGGAGGUCAUAUGGCGAAAGACUGCCCUGAUAAGCACAAGAGGAAUGAUCAUCAAUCCACUUUGUGUUUAAGAUGUGGAGAAAUAGGUCAUGAUAUGUUUGGAUGUACCAAUGAUUACCCACCAGAUGAUAUUAAGCAAAUAAGAUGCUAUGUGUGUAAUCAGAAUGGUCAUCUAUGCUGUUUUGAUGUCGCUGACAAUUGCCCCAAACAAAUUAGCUGUUACAAUUGUGCCAAAUCUGGUCAUUCUGGUCUGGGAUGUGCCAAGCAACGCAGGGAAACUAGCGCUAUCUCAACUCCAACCGAGUGCUACAAAUGUGGCGAGGAAGGCCACUUCGCACGUGGCUGCACAAAGAAUGCCAAGUUCCAUCGGUUGAAAGGCAAGUCAUCAUCACACAAUCAGAGAAAGGAAAAAUGGAAAAAGGAUUCCAGUGCAAGAUCAGCUCCUCAACAUGAUCGUAAAACAAGUAAAAGGAAGAGCCCCCAUUUCGAGGAUAGAAUGGACAUACCUCGGCAUAAAUCCAAAGCUAGGGGUGGUUGGACUGGUGGUGAUGAUCUUGAUGAUCUACCGUUCAAGAAGUACAAAUCCAAUGGGUGGGGUUCUCCAUCUACACCCAAGAAGCCGUACAUGAAUCGCCAGAUCUCCGACGGUGACUACUUCACGCCCCAGUCCUCACGAAGGCACAACCAUGAUUACACAUCACCGAACUCGAAUUAUUCACCCAGUGCAAAGAAGUAUGGGUUUUCGUCAAGAUUCGCUGCCAGCAACACCCAUGUCCGGUUCGGGAGAAGUUAGCUGGAUGCAUAUGCCAAGGUUGGUAUAAGCAUCUCACAAGUUGUCUGCCUGAUAAGAGUUAACCUAUGAUCAAAUGCAUACACAAACACAUAGCAAUAGCAGUCAAGUACACGGAUCGGAUUCACAGUCAGUAAGUUUAAGAGUCAAUGUAUCUCAAACAUCGAUCCCGUGUUGUUCCAAGAGAUGGCACCACCAAUCUGCAGGAAAGGAAAGUAAAAGAAAAGAAAGAAAGAAA